AUGCUCGCCGCAACCACUUUCCGCAACACUCUUCGCGCUGGCACUGCUCUGCCUCGCCUUCAGGCUGCGUCGACACUCCCGCGCCUGUACUCCACGCAGACAUACCAGAAUAUCCUCGUCUCUCGCCCGGACCCUUCGGUAACCCUCAUCACCCUGAACCGACCCAAGGCCCUCAAUGCGCUCAACUCGGCUCUCUUCCACGAGCUCAAUGCUGCGGCCAAGGAGGCAGACGAGGACGAUGCCGUGGGUGCCAUCGUGCUCACCGGCUCAGACAAGGCCUUCGCUGCGGGCGCAGACAUCAAGGAGAUGAAGGACAAGGAGUUUGCGCGCGCAUACAAGGAGAACUUCCUCGGCCACUGGACCGAGCUCACGAGAGUCAAGAAGCCCAUCAUCGCGGCUGUGAGCGGCUAUGCGCUUGGUGGCGGUGCAGAGCUCGCCAUGAUGUGUGAUAUCAUCCUCGCGAGCGGCACAGCGAACUUCGGUCAGCCUGAAAUCAACCUCGGCGUCAUUCCGGGCGCUGGCGGUACGCAACGCCUCACUCGAGCGUUGGGCAAGUCUCUGAGCAUGGAGCUCAACUUGACGGGCCGCAACCUCUCAGCCCAAGAGGCAGCGCAGCACGGUCUCGUGUCCCGCGUAGUCGAGGGCAACGUCGUAGACGAGGCAGUCAAGGUCGCCGUAACCAUCGCCAAGAAGGGCCGCGUCGCGAGCCAAGCGGCAAAGGAGGCCGUCAACGCCGCGUUUGAGCUGCCGCUGAACGAGGGUCUGCGCAUCGAGAGGAGGCUGUUCCAGAGCAUGUUUGCGACCAAGGACCAAAAGGAGGGGAUGGCUGCCUUUGCCGAGAAGAGAAAGCCUAACUGGUCUCACGAGUAAGCAGCGAUAGCGUUUGCGACUCAAUCUACAUUCUCGCGCCGAUCUGCACUUCCCGCGACACCCUCGCGCAUGUCUACAUGCAAUAUCAUUUCGACUCAUCGACUGGACGCCUCGCACACAUUGCGGACGCCGCCGCUACAGCUGCCCGAUCGAGCCUCCCUGCGGCGCCGGCACCUCGCGCACCUCGCGCACGCUCGCUCCCUGACCCUCCUGCACUCCCGCCCCUACGCUCGCCAUAUCCUGUUGUGUCACACCCUCCACGCUCGGUGGGGGCUGCAUCUCGGUGCCCAUUCUCUGAGCCUCCUCGUAC